AUGCCCGCGAACGAGACUAUCACUGCCUUUGAAAGGUGGGCCGCCGGCGCCUCCGACGCCCAAUUCAACGCGCUUUCCGGCGCCGUAGGAGGCUUCACUUCGGGCGUUGUUACAUGUCCGCUCGACGUUAUCAAGACCAAGCUGCAAGCACAGGGUGGUUUCAAUCCUGUUGAGAAAGGAAGACAUGUUGGACACCCGAAACUCUACAAUGGCCUGCUGGGUACCGCCCGCGUGAUCUGGAAAGAAGAGGGCAUACGCGGCAUGUAUCGGGGGCUCGGCCCGAUAGUACUGGGUUAUUUGCCCACCUGGGCAGUGUGGUUUACCGUCUACAAUAAGAGCAAGGACUGGUUGAAGCACCGCCAUGAAAACACGGUGUUGAUCAAUUUUUGGUCAUCUAUCAUAGCUGGUGCCAGUAGCACCAUCGUCACGAACCCUAUCUGGGUCAUCAAGACUCGCCUGAUGUCGCAGAGCGUUGCACACGACCCAGGCAAGCAUUACUCUCAGUUUCCGAGAUCGGGCAACACUCCGACUUCCAGACCGACAAUGCACAGCUCGUGGCAUUACCGGUCGACGAUGGACGCGGCACGCAAGAUGUACACUUCGGAGGGCGUCCUUUCAUUCUACUCGGGCCUUACCCCGGCUCUGCUGGGACUCACCCAUGUGGCCGUUCAGUUCCCGGCGUACGAGUACCUAAAGACGAAGUUUACCGGCCAGGGCAUGGGAGAGCCGACCCAGGGCGACACACAAGAAUCACAAUGGGUAGGAGUGUUGGGUGCUUCGAUAUUGUCGAAGAUUAUGGCGAGUAGCGCGACCUACCCACACGAAGUCAUCCGCACGAGGCUGCAGACGCAACGAAAACCUGUAGGGGGAGCCGAGUAUCUUCAGGGCCUGGGAAUCAAGGUGCCCGCCUCCAUGACCGGAGAGGAUGGCAAAAAGCAGCAGUUGUUAGCACCAAAAUACCGCGGCGUGGUCAGCACCUUCCGGACAAUCCUCAAAGAGGAGGGAUGGAGGGCCUUCUACGCCGGCAUGGGCACUAACAUGAUGCGAGCGGUGCCGGCCGCGACAGUGACGAUGCUGACAUACGAGUACGUGAUGAAGCAUUUGAACCACGCGAGAGCUGAGGGCAAGAGGAAGCUGGGAAGGGACAGCACACCUGCUGAUCCCUGA